GAAAAAUGUUGUAAGCAUGAGAUGGUUCAUCCACAAGAUCAGCAACUCUCCAUUGAGGCAAUCAGCAGCCCCAUUGGAAACCAUUUAUUGGAAUUCACCGAGUCUGAAUUAUUCCCAAAUUCUGAAGUUGGGUCACCCAACUUUGAAAAACACCCUUCUUAUCAAAUACAGCUCUCCAACAUUACAGCCGGAAUGAACAUACUCGACGACAAUGAAAUCCCGCCGCCACCAUCCGCCCCUCCCAAGAACAACGCCCUCCCGCCGCCGAUACUAUUCGACGAUGACAACGACAUUUCGGCCGCUAUAGAUUUCACCACUUCCCCAUCCUUUUCCCAUCACCAAUAUAUCAGCAGCAACAACAACAACGAUAUCGACAUCAACAUCAAUAUCAAUAACGACAACGACAACGACGAUGAUGCUGAUCAAGAUGCAUUUGACAUAUCCUCCUUGAGCAGCCAGCUCGACAUGGCGCCAAACGGAUCUUCGUAUGGCGAGCGGUGGCCGGGGGUGGGCCCGUAUGAGGAGGAGUGUAUGCCUUCUUUCAUGCGGCUGAAGGCGUCUCAGCCGCAGCCGGGCUCUCUGAUGGACUCCAUGAUGGUUCCGUAUCUGCCGCCGCCUACGGUUCCGUUCCCGUCGGCGCAGAGCUCUGGGGCUUUCAUGGGGAUGUUGCCAUCUCAAGAUUUGGAUUUUCAAGUCGAUAAUACUGGAUUUUUCAUCCCUGAUAAUAUGCAAAGAGUUUUCAAUUGCUCUACCGAUCUCCAGACACUUAGUAAUGAAAGCCAACAUCUAUACCAUGGAGGAGCAACCACAGCCACCACUUCAUCUCUAGCAUCAGAGAUUUCAAGCUUGGAUGAUCCCACAUACAAAGUGGGCAAAAUCUCAGUUGAGGAAAGGAAAAGAAAGAUUCACAGAUACUUGAAGAAGAGGAACGAAAGAAACUUCAGCAAGAAAAUUAAGUAUGCUUGUCGGAAAACCCUCGCAGACAGCAGGCCUAGAGUGAGAGGAAGGUUUGCUAAGAAUGAUGAAUUAGGAGAAGUUGGGAGGCAUAUGGGAAACAACCAUGAAGAUGAUGUGGAUGAAGAUGUUGGUCUAUAUUCAACUUCUAUACCGGAUCAUCAAAGAAAGGUUGUGAAAGAAGAAGAUGACUCCUCAGAUAUUUUGGCACAUAUAAGUGGAGUAAAUUCUUUUAAGUGUAACUAUCCAAUUCAAUCUUGGAUCUAAGUAGGGAGUUGAUUAAUUUGAGCAAUUAAUUUGGCAUAUUUGAUGAUUUGGAUAAAUCUAAAGACCUAUUUUAUCUUUAUAUUAACAACCACCAUGAAGUUGU